AUGGCCUUAGAGAAAAAGCCAAAACAUUCUACUUCAUUCUCUAGUGCACGGCUAUGGGAAGAUAGAAUAAGCAAUAUCUUCAAGAAAGAAGCUGAAAUUCAGUUUGAUCAUCUCCCACCCCUAUGUGUCUUCCAAGUCCCAAAACUUUUGAUUGAUCAAAACCCAGAAGCUUACACCCCUCAGUUGAUAGGCUUGGGGCCUUACCAUCAUCUCAAGCCCGAGCUCUAUCACAUGGAGAGGUACAAGCUUGCAGCCCUUAAACAGAUUCUUGACCCCUCACAAAUCCUCAACUUUCAACACUGUGUUGUUGAUAAGUUGAGGCAAAAGGAUCCUAUGAUUCGGGCGUGUUACAGCAGGUUCAUGGACCUCCAAGAAGGUACUUUGGCUUGGAUUAUUGCCAUUGAUUCUUUGUUCUUGAUCCACGUCUUGCAAACUCUUUCAUCGUCCUAUGAUGUUCGAGGUGGAUGUCUAAGUGGUGACAAUAUUCUCACCCGGGACAUAAUCCUCCUCGAGAAUCAGAUUCCUGUGGCUCUGAUUAAGGAAAUCUUGAAGCUAGUUGAACUGUCAUCACCUCCCAGUGAUGAUGAAGUAUUCUCGAUGUUGUUGAGAUUUUGCGAAGCCCAUUCGCCGUUGAAAAUCUCAAUGGAAACUAGGAAUUUCAAUCAUUUCCGACAACCUCUGCAUCUGCUAGAUCUCAUGUACCAUUUGAUUGUCAAGGAUCAAGGUUCUUGCAGCGUGGUUGAGGUUCCAAUUCAGGAGAUUUCUGUCCAACAAAAAGCCAUAGUUGAAACCAAGUUGAUUGUAGCUCAAGAACACAAUGGCCAAGAUCCAGACACGUUCCAAAACUUCGAGGAAAUUAUAAAUGGUCUGGAGUCUAUAGGUCUAAAACACACACGACAUGUUAAGGCUGUCUCGAACGUGAUUCCAUGGACCACCAUUUCAGGUUUGUUCAGGACAGCCACGAAGAUCGACGGGGACGACGAAGACGAGAUAACAAUCCCUUCAGUGGCGUCCUUAUGGCGCUACGCUUUCAUCACUCUAAACUCAUGCUCAGAAGUUAUUCUGAGAAACCUCGUAGCGUACGAGGCUUCCAUGCUAAAAUCAAGCUUGGAAUUUGCGCGGUAUGUAAAUCUGAUGAAUGGGAUUGUGGACACUGCGGAGGAUGUUAGGAUGCUGAGGCAAUAUGGGGUCAUCAAGGGCACUCUCAGUGACCAAGAAACUGCGGACCUCUUCAAUGGUAUGAAAAGGUUUUUCACAAAACCAGAUAAGAGAUCCAGCAUUGAGGUUGCCAUCAAGAAGACCAAUGACUUCUAUGAUUUGAGGAUGAUCGUCAGGGUCUAUAGGAAGAUUAAGAAAAAUGCACACAUGACGUGGAAAGUUUUUGCUGUACUUUCAUUCAUUUUAACCCUCGCACUGUUGGCUUUCCAAACAUUUUGUGGGUCCUACCAUUGCAGCAAACUUUGGGCCAAGGAGGACGGAUAG